AUGGGUCUCUUUUUCAGUCGCCUCUUCUCCAUGUUUGGCGAGAAAGAAGCUCGAAUUCUCGUUCUUGGAUUGGAUAACGCCGGCAAAACGACCAUUCUCUACCGCCUCCAAGUCGGCACGGUCGUCUCCACCAUCCCCACCAUUGGUUUUAACGUCGAAACGGUCACCCACAACAACGUCAAAUUCCAAGUCUGGGACCUCGGCGGUCAAACCUCCAUCCGCCCGUACUGGCGAUGUUACUACCCGAACACCCAAGCAAUCGUCUACGUCGUCGACUCCGCCGACGCCGAACGUCUAGCCACAACGAAAGAAGAAUUCCACGCCAUCUUAGCCGAGGAGGAGUUGCGCGAUGCCGCCGUUUUAGUCUACGCGAACAAACAAGAUUUACCCGGCGCCUUGUCCGAAGCCGAAGUCAGCGAAGGUUUGGAUUUGCACAACAUUAAAACCAGACCUUGGGCGAUAUUCAAAACCUCCGCGAUUACCGGCGACGGCUUGUGGGACGGCAUGAAUUGGUUGAGCUCCACUUUGCAGCAGCAAAAGUAA